AUGCCGCUGUGUCUCACUUUCAUCAAUUUAAGGAAAACCUCUGAUACAGUUGAAACCAGAGCGAUCAUGGAGGCCUUGGACAACCAAGGCGUCCGUAAUCCGCACAUGAAUAUACUUCGUGAGUUGUACAGCAACUUCACGACCAAAAUUUCCACAUUCUACAAUGAUGUCAUAAUCGACAUGAAAAGAGGAGUUCGUCAGAGUGAUACAAUUUUACCCACAAUAUUCAGUGACACUCUCGAGAACGCGAUGCGAAGAUUGGAAUCGGAUGACAUGGGAGUGAAAGUUAACGGCCGGCAUUUGCACCAUCUUUGUUUCGCUGAUGACAUCGUUCUAAUAACAUCAACCAUCAAUCAGGCGGAUGCCGGUCGAAUUUGA